UAAUUGCAUAUGCGUGCCCCGUUUCCUGUACGAGCAAGCCAAGCUACAUGCAUGCAUCCAUAUUCCUUGUACGCAACUUCCAGUUUCCUUGUCCACCCCUUUGAUCGAUCGAUCUAUCUAGGCUUCUGCCAGCGCCGCAAUUAAUCAAGGAAAGGAAGGAAUUUUCUGCAUGCACAACGUUUGACAUGGAGCUGCUGGCCUUGUCGCUAAGCGAGAACUAGAUCAUAUGGAAAGAAUACGAUCGGUUUGAUUCGUCAUGCCUCCAGAGAAGAUAAAGCUCCAGGCCAAAAACAUCGAUGCUGCGGCAGGAGAGAUUAUUGGUGUUUUGGAGGAUACAAGCAAAGGAGAUGUGAUCUACUUCGAGGGCUGGCAAGGAUUGGGAGCAUCCGCUGUUCUCAAAGUGGUAGCCCAACGCCUGAAAUCAUCCAGAAGACGGAACAAGUUUGAUAAGGUAAUCCAUGUGGAUUGCUCGGUAUGGAAAAGCAUGAGGGCCUUGCAAAAGGCAGUAGCGGAGGAACUGGAGCUUCCACGGUCUGUGAUGGCCAUAUUUGAUCAGUGCGAGGAGGAGGAUGAUUUCAAUGGGAUGGAUCAAGGUUCCAGAGGGGUGAUAGCAGAGAUCAGAGUGAAAAUAUUCAGAAAGCUUGUUAACAGUAGACUUGUGGUUGUUUUUCACAACGGAAGCAGAAGAUACAUUGAUUUGUACGAGUGUGGUAUCCCAGUAAUGUCAGGUUUGAGUAAUAAGGUGUUGUGGACCUGGCACGGGAGGUUUCGGCACGAUGUCAGUCUCUUACUAGAUGAUGGGGAAAACGAAAAGAUGAAGAGUCAGACAGAUGUUUGCUUAUAUGCUUCUAUUGAAUGUGUAGAUGAAUUGCGGGAUCUAGUGCAUGAAGAGGCUUUAGAGGUUGCCAAGUGUGCCGGGAUUAUUCAGCCCAGUGACAUGAGCCAUAAGAUAAUCAUGGAGUGCCUCCUGUGUACGGUACUAGUGCUGACUCGUAUGGACUUGAAGACCCAUGCACCAAAUUAUUGGAUAUGUGAUGGUAUUGUACAUGGCCAAGACAAUGCAUCAGCAUGGGUGAUUGGCAAUUCCCUGCAGAGAAACAUGAGUUUGGAUUGUGGUAUAAGAUAUAAUGAGUUCGCAACUCACUGGCUACAGGUGUCAGAUGAUUUACUUGUUAACCGCUGGAAUUUCACCACCCACAAACAACUGCUAGAGGAUAAGGCUGGAGCAUUGCCUCCUCAGGUGACAUCCUUCUUCCUUUUUGCAGAUGAAUCACCAACAGAUAGAACAUCAAUAUUGCCGGUUAGCAUGUUUCAACAUUCACAAAGCAGCAAGCUACGUGUGUUACACCUAUCCCAUUGCACCUUCAGUUUUGCAUCUCCCCCCUUCGUCCAUUGUGCCCAACUAAGAUUGCUCCACCUGGACCAUUGCACAAAUAUCACAGAAGAUGACCGGCAUCCAGGCCACAAUGAAAGCAUAUCAUGUUUCCAGAAGCUAUGGUUGCUGGAUCUGAGGUAUACAGACUGGUACUGGCUGCUAUCUGAAAAGAUGAAGAUAGUGAUGGUUGAACUCAGGGAGCUAAAUGUGGAGGGAGUCAAGCAUAGGAGCAUAAGCGAUUUGUGUGGUGGUAGACCAAGCCUUGUAAUACUUCGAGUAACAGUAGCAGAUCCGGUCCCUACAAAGAACGAAGGCACAAAUAAUCAAGCACAAUUCCCCAAUAUGUCCAGUACAAACAGCCUUACGACAUCUAACUUCAUCAACGACGUCCUGCCUCCGUCGCUCGAGUCAUUUAGCUUCAUCAACAAAGCUGCAACGUCUGCCAAGAUAUCUAGCAUCUCCUUCCGGGGUUGUUCUCAGUUGAAGAAUAUACUUCUCAGAGGAAAUUUGGGGAGCCUAGAAGAGCUGGACCUCUCGGGAACGGCAGUGAAAACCCUUGACCUCAGUGAAAUGGAAGCUCCAUACCUCCAGCGUCUCAUCCUCCUGGGCUGUGAGAAGCUCUGUGCAAUAUUAUGGCCACCAAAAGACAAAAUAAAAUGGUUUCCGUAUAUGCUACGCCUAUACAUCAGCACCAUCCGCUCUCCGCUACUUUGCCAAGAUAAUUCAAAAGAAAAGACCAAUGAGACUAGUUCUGCUACAAGAUCAUCCUUUAUUUUUCCUGUUGCAGCUGGACAACGAGACAUCUUUUCCAGUAACUGGAUGUGGUACAUCGCUGUAAGGGAUGCAAGGCUCCUUAGGUCUCUUGAGCCCUUCAGAGAAGUAUUUCACUUGUACAAGAUAUAUAUGGAAAUGAAUUCAUCUCCUACAAGUAGAGUUGCUGUUGACGACAGUGAAGUUGCUAAAGGAAUCAGGAGCCUACAGCAGCCUUAUCAUCAUUUAUAUGCAAGGGAUGUCGAUUUUCAAGGCCACCUGCAGGCUGGUGCUGGUAAUGAAGGCGUGAUUAGCUGGAUAUGGUUGUGCCCACCUAGGCCCACUCCAAGUUGUAUAGGCCGGUACGUUCAAGUACAAGAUGAACAGGAGAUGAAGGGGAGAUUACUACAGCAAGAACAGAGCAGCAUUGAAGGAACUACUACUAGUGCUACUUUACCCCAUAGUUUCAUGUAUGAUAGGGCUUACAUGCUUCAUGUGCAUGAUAGCUCAUCCAUCACUUGCCUUCCAUUUCCACAAGGUUCCAGCUGGUGCUACCUCGAUUGGGGCCGUGUCGAGAGGUGCCCCAAUCUAUGCUCUGUCUUUGCAACUCCCGAACUAAGUGAUGGCCACAGUGCCUUUCGGUUAUUGUCUACAUUCUGGGCGUCUCAGCUCCUGAAGGCGUGCUACAUCUGGAACUGGAGUGCAGUAGCUCAACCUGGUAGACGUUCGUUUGAACGCCUAGCGUUCUUGCACCUGGACUGUUGCCCCAGGCUCAUACAUGUGCUUCCCUUGUCUGAGCAUAUGGACACCCUGCCUAGCCUGCAGACACUGGAGAUCGUGUACUGCGGUGAUCUGAAGAAGGUCUUCCCAUUGGACCCUAAGCGCCAAGAGAAGAAGGAAACUAUAGAAUUUCCCAACCUAAGAAGGAUCCACCUAUACCAGCUCUCCAACCUACAGAGCAUCUGUGGGAGCAGGAUGUCCGCGCCGAACCUUAGGACCGUUAGAAUCCGGGGCUGUUGGGGCCUUCGACGCCUGCCGGCAGUCAGCGGCAGCACCACCAACCGGCCCAAGGUGGACUGCGAGAAGGACUGGUGGGACAACCUGGAGUGGGAAGGGCUGGGGGCGAAGCACGACCCUUCGCUCUAUGAGCCGAGCCACUCGCGAUACUACAAGAAGGCCCACCUGCCAAGGGUCACUGUUCUCAGGUAAUCAAAUCCAUCCAUGGUCGAUGAUUGCUACGGUGCUUCAUUAGUUGAAGCUUUUCUUUGGACUCCAAGUUUGUGUGUGUUGUUGCCAUACUUCAUGCUGCUUGAUUGGUCAUGUGGUGGCGUGAAAUCUUCAUCUGCAUUGCCAUGGUGUGACGGUGCAGUCUUUCAGUUCAGUUUGAUUUGGCUUGAUUUCCUUUGCUUUGGUUUGUCUUGAUUUUGUUUGUGUGGCCAUCAUUGCUCGACGAAGCCAUGAAUGAGUCAAAGUAAGUAUGCAUCAUCUGGUUCUAUAGAUGAUGCACGGUACAAGCUUUGAGCCAGAGACAAAUAAAUAAGAGAGCAUAUUCAGCUUGGGUGGCAUGAGCACCCUGCCUGCUCCUGCUGUUGCUCUGUUUGUGUGUUAUGGUGUGGGAUCUGUAAGCUAUGGACUGAUUACUGUAAUGCGAAACAAUGCCUCUGACUUGAAUACAAUUGGUGA